AAAAAAAAAAAAAUGAUGUCAAAAAAACGUGGGAUUCCGAACCCUAUUUCCCUGUAAAAUAUUAUUUUCCGUAGUAUUGUAAUGUUCUUUCAUAUAUUGGAAUUUGGAUUUCGAUUUGCGAAAGCUCAACACCGUCUUUUUUAACAAUAAUUUAUUAAGUAAUACUCAAAGACAAUAUAACACUCCGUUAGAGUUAUAAGUACUCAAAAAAUUAGAAAACAUUAAAAAUGCUUCAUCCAAUAAAGUACAUUCUAAAACAAAAAAACAUUGUCCUGGCAAGUGGUUCACCACGAAGAAAAGAAUUGUUGGAAAAUAUUGGUCUCAAAGUAAGUAUAUGCCCGUCGUUAUUUGAAGAAAACUUGGAUCCGAAAAGUUUUGAUAGUUUCUCGGACUUUGUGGAAGAGACAGCGCUGCAAAAGGUUUUGGAAGUGGAACAGAGAUUAUCAAGCCAAGGUCACGGGCCGGACAUAGUGAUAGGUGCUGACACAGUGGUCACAGUUGACGAUGAAAUAUUCGGGAAACCUGGUAACAAGGAUGAGGCAUUCACAAUGCUGUCAAGGCUUUCAGGUCGACAACAUAUUGUAUACACAGGAGUUGUAAUUAAAUCUGUGGACAAAACAAUUAAGUUCACGGAAAAGGCAAAUGUUUUAUUUGGCAGUAUUGAUGAAGAUCAGAUAAAAGGAUAUAUAGCUACAGGAGAACCAAUGGACAAAGCUGGAGGCUACGGUAUACAGGGUGUGGGUGGAACAUUUGUGCAGCGUGUAGAGGGUGAUUAUUUUACUGUUGUUGGCCUACCUUUAUACAGGCUGUGCUCUGAAAUAUAUAGUAUGUACAAAAAUUGUAAAUAAUGUGUAAUUAUUACAUCUGUAGAAAAUCUUAGUAGACAAUUUAUUAUUGACAAUACUAUGUUGUGUGUCUAUAUUAUUAUGUACCAAAUUAUUUAGUUAUGUAAUGUAAUUAAUAUGUAUUAUAUUAAGUAUUUUGGCAUGUGUUAUAAUAAGGCUUUUCCCCAAGCUUGGCAGUGUGCGAGAUACAGGUGGGUAUAUAUACAGAUUUACAAAUAAUUUCAAUAAAAGUAAAUGUUAAGUCUGUUUUAAAAUGUUUCUUAUUAUGUUCUAUAUAAUAUUGUUGGUUGUAAAUUUAAAUUAUUUGUAUUUUAUGAUUAAUGCAUAGAACCAAUAAUUUUAGUGCCAUUUUCAUUAUGAAAUUAAUAAAAUAAUAUCUACAUUAUGAAAAUAUGAAACAAAUACAGUAAAAGUGAGGCAUUGUAGAAAUAUAUUAAUUUUUUUUCUAUGUAUAUUGUAAAUUUCGAAUAGAUUUUGAAAUGUCGGGGAGGCCGCAUUAAGUACUAUAGCAUAUAAUUAUAUUAUGUACCCUAAGUAGCAAAUUGUAGUUGUAUAAAUGCAAUGUUCCUAUCAUUUAUUAUUGGGUUUAUAGCUAGUCACAUAUAUUUAACAAAAUAUUUAUGUUACCAAACCAGGUUAUUUAAUUUUGCAUAACUUUGUUCAUUCAUAUUUUGUACAUUCCUUUACAGAUAGUCAAUGUGACUUUAAAAUUAGCCUAUAAAGAUAAUUAAGUAUAGGAAUUAAAGUUUUGUGACAUUUUAAUAAAUAUAAUUUGUUGAGA